CCAAAGGCAAACGCAUGUAGAUACCGGCGAGCGCCGGGCGUUCAGCGCAGGCAGUCGGGUGUUUGCAGACCGGGGUGAGCCCCUGUGAAAACAGAUAAAAGAAAACAUUGAUUAACGUGUCAUUACGAGGGGAGCGCCGGGCUGGGGCUGUCGCACGCCCCAAGAAACACUUGGCUCCUUCCCGCUCCAAGGGAGGAGAGAAAGAAGAAGAAAAGGAGGCAAGGGUUCUUUUCGUUCCCGGCCAAGUGGACCCGAUCGAUGGUCUUCCCGACUUUCUUACGAUAUCUGAUUUAUUAAAGAUGCCCCCCUUGUCGGUGUGGGGCGCGCACGCACACACAGACACACACUCGCGCACACACGGCUCUGGCUCGCGUCCCUCCCUCGUUUCCAGCUCCUGGGCGAAUCCCACAUCUGUUUCAACUCUCGCCGAGGGCGAGCGGGAGCGAGUGUGUGUCGGUGAGUGUGCGUCUGUGUCCCGGCGAGGGUGCGCGCUCGGCGGCGGGAGCGCGGCCAGGCAGCCCGCGGGGCCGGAGGCUGCUGAGACCACAGCGCCGGGACCCCGCUCACGUGGUGCAUCAGGAGGGAAGGGGCAGAAGGAUAAGAUCCCCAAGACGCAACUUCAGACCCCGCAUCCCCAGAGGCGUGACGGAUUGGCCAAAAAUGAAGAUGGCGCCCCCCAGCCUGCUGCUCUGCCUGCUCUCCACGACAGUCUGCUCCCUGCUGGGCGGGAGCUCGGCCCUCCUGUCCCACCACCGCCUCAAGGGCCGCUUCCAGAGGGACCGCAGGAACAUCCGGCCCAACAUCAUCCUGGUGCUGACUGACGACCAGGACGUGGAGCUGGGCUCCAUGCAGGUGAUGAACAAGACGCGGCGCAUCAUGGAGCAGGGUGGGGCGCACUUCACCAACGCCUUCGUGACCACGCCCAUGUGCUGCCCCUCGCGCUCUUCCAUUCUCACCGGCAAGUAUGUCCACAACCACAACACCUACACCAACAACGAGAACUGCUCCUCGCCCUCCUGGCAGGCGCAGCACGAGAGCCGCACCUUCGCCGUGUACCUCAACAGCACGGGCUACCGGACAGCUUUCUUCGGGAAGUACCUCAACGAGUACAACGGCUCCUACGUGCCGCCCGGCUGGAAGGAGUGGGUCGGACUCCUGAAAAACUCCCGCUUCUACAACUACACGCUGUGUCGCAACGGGGUGAAGGAGAAGCAUGGCUUCGACUACUCCAAGGAUUACCUCACAGACCUCAUCACCAACGACAGCGUGAGCUUCUUCCGCACGUCCAAGAAGAUGUACCCGCACAGGCCGGUCCUAAUGGUCAUCAGCCACGCAGCCCCCCACGGCCCCGAGGACUCGGCCCCCCAGUACUCACGCCUCUUCCCCAAUGCAUCCCAGCACAUCACACCAAGCUACAACUACGCGCCCAACCCGGACAAGCAUUGGAUCAUGCGCUACACGGGGCCCAUGAAGCCCAUCCACAUGGAGUUCACCAACAUGCUGCAGCGGAAGCGCCUCCAGACCCUCCUGUCUGUGGACGACUCCAUGGAGACGAUUUACAACAUGCUGGUGGAAACAGGGGAGCUGGACAACACAUACAUCGUCUACACCGCCGACCACGGCUACCACAUCGGCCAGUUCGGCCUGGUGAAAGGAAAGUCCAUGCCAUAUGAGUUCGACAUCCGGGUCCCAUUCUACGUGAGGGGCCCCAACGUGGAGGCCGGUUCUCUGAAUCCCCAUAUCGUCCUUAACAUCGACCUGGCCCCCACCAUCCUGGACAUCGCCGGCCUGGACAUCCCUGCAGACAUGGAUGGGAAAUCCAUCCUCAAGCUGCUGGAUAUGGAGCGACCAGUGAACCGGUUUCACUUGAAAAAGAAGAUGAGGGUCUGGCGGGACUCCUUCCUGGUGGAGAGAGGCAAACUGCUCCACAAAAGGGAGAGCGGCAAGGUGGACGCCCAGGAGGAGAACUUCCUGCCCAAGUUCCAGCGCGUGAAGGACCUGUGCCAGCGCGCCGAGUACCAGACGGCGUGCGAGCAGCUGGGGCAGAAGUGGCAAUGUGUGGAGGACGCCUCGGGGAAGCUAAAGUUACACAAGUGCAAGGGCCUCGUCCGGCCCAGCAGCAGCGGCAGAGCCCUUUCCAACCUCGUGCCCAAAUACUACGGGCAGGGGAGUGAAGCCUGCGCCUGUGACCGCAGCGAAUACAAGCUGGGCCUGGUUGGACGCCGGAAGAAGCUCUUCAAGAAGAAGUACAAGGCCAGCUAUGCCCGUAACCGUUCCAUCCGCUCCGUGGCCGUUCAGGUAGACGGCAAGGUGUACCAUCUAGGCCUGGAUGCUGCACCCCCGACCCGCAACCUUACCAAGCGGCACUGGCAGGGGGCUCUCGAGGACCAAGAGGACAAGGAUGGUGGGGGCUUCAGUGGCACUGGAGGCCUUCCAGACUACUCAGCCCCCAACCCCAUUAAAGUGACCCACAGGUGCUACAUCCUAGAAAAUGACACAGUCCAGUGUGACCUGGACCUGUACAAGUCCCUGCAGGCCUGGAAAGACCACAAGCUACACAUCGACCAUGAGAUUGAAACCCUACAGAACAAAAUUAAGAACCUCAGGGAAGUCCGAGGUCACCUGAAGAAAAAGCGCCCAGAAGAAUGUGAUUGCCACAAAAUUAGCUACCACACCCAACACAAAGGCCGCCUCAAGCACAAAGGUUCCAGCCUGCAUCCUUUCAGGAAGGGUCUGCAGGAGAAGGACAAGGUGUGGCUGCUGCGGGAACAGAAGCGCAAGAAGAAACUUAGAAAGCUGCUCAAGCGUCUGCAGAACAAUGACACGUGCAGCAUGCCGGGCCUCACGUGCUUCACCCACGACAACCAGCACUGGCAAACAGCACCUCUCUGGACAUUGGGGCCUUUCUGUGCCUGCACCAGUGCCAACAAUAAUACAUACUGGUGCAUGAGGACAAUCAACGAGACCCAUAACUUCCUCUUCUGUGAAUUUGCAACUGGCUUCCUGGAGUAUUUUGACCUCAACACAGACCCCUACCAGCUGAUGAACGCAGUGAACACACUGGACAGGGAGGUGCUAAAUCAGUUACACGUGCAGCUCAUGGAGCUGAAGAGCUGCAAGGGUUACAAGCAGUGUAACCCCCGGACUCGGAACAUGGACCUGGGACUUAAAGAUGGAGGAAGCUAUGAGCAAUACAGGCAGUUUCAGCGUCGAAAGUGGCCAGAAAUGAAGAGACCAUCUUCCAAAUCACUGGGACAACUGUGGGAAGGCUGGGAAGGUUAAGCAGCAACAGGGAUGGACCUCCGAAAUCCGACGCUUCACCUGACUAACAGGCCAUGAAGAACCAGCCACAUCUGAUUCCUGACUGACCUGUGAUUCAGGCUGGGAGGUCUGAGAGAGAGAGAACUGCUUUCAGUCAACAUUGGCGUGCUCUGGAGGACAGCAAUCAGAAGCAGAGAACUUCAGGAAGUCCAUUUUGGCCCUGCUUUGCUCUGGAUUAUGCCUCACCAGUUGCACAAAAUGCAUUUUCAUAUCAAAAAGUCACCACUAACCAUCUGUGAGAUGCUCAUGCGAUGAAAAAGGGCACAUUUUCAUGAAAACUUCCCCCAGAGGUGAGAGGUGAAAGUCGCUGGCAUUUUUUUAAAUCAUAGAAAAAAAAUCCUGUUUUAAAUCCUCUUAUUUUCUUGGUUCAUCACAAAACAGCAGGACAGACAAUUUGCAGAUGCUGAAAAUUGCAGUUUAACAGUGAGUCAGAGGGGGCUGGGGAUUUAGCUCAGUGGCACAGCACCUGCCUGGCAAGCGCAAGGUCAUGAGUUCAAUUCCCAGUACCGGGAAAAAACAAAAACAACAAACAAACAAACAAAAAACCAGUGAGUCAGUAGCACAAAAAGUGACAUUUACCGAGCACUAUAACUCUGGUUGCCUCUGAAGAAACUGCCUUCCCUGUAUAUAUAAUGUGACUAUUUACAUGUAACCAACAUGGGACCUUUUAGGGGAAUAUCCCAAUUUUUCAAGAGUGGUGGUGUCAAUAAACGCUCUGUGGCCAGUGUAAAAGAAAAUCCCAUGCAGUUGUGGACAUUUCUGUUCCUGUCCAAAUACCAUUCUGCCCAGUAUUCACUCCUUUGUUAGCCAUUCCAGAACUGAUAUUUUUUAUGGUAAUGAAAAGAAAUGAAGUUGAUGUAUGUCCCAACUUUGUAUUUGUAACAAAACUGUGUAGUUCAAGCACUGUCAUACAACGUUCAAAACCCUAACCAAUGACCAGCAAUUACUAUGAAGAAAUCUGUGAAACACCAUCCUUGGGAGGUCGACCCCUGCCCCUUUUUAACAGCACUCAAGAUACCAAUAGUCAAUGCCUUUUUGGAAGCAGA